ACGUGCAUUAUUCGUGUGCUGAAGUAGGAGAUUCGAUUGCCGAUGAGGAUCGGAGUUUCACCUGUAAGAGGUGCGUCGAGAUCGACGAAGUAGUUACUAAUUCGUCCCGCCGGACUAGCAUACACUCCAAUGCAACAACGCGCAGCAGCGCAAGAGCGGCCCGCACGGCGCUAAAGUUACAGCAGCUGGAUCUGCAACGGCAAAGCCGUCUAAAAGAGCUCGAGGAAGCUGAAAAGUAUCAGCAAUUACGACGAAAAGUAGAAUUAGACUUUGAGCAGCAACGUUUCGAUGUGUUGGAGGCACAAUUACGCGAAGAAGAGGGCGCCGCUAGUAUUAGGAGCAGAGUUAGCUCCAGAGUGGUUCGGGAGAAUACUAACCGUUGGCUCACCGUCACGAGUCAGACUGAAGAACAGGGAACAACGUCCACUAGACCAGCCGCCGUUUCGACUCCAGGGGACGAUUUCAUUAAUCGUCUACUCGAACCAGCGCUGGAAACUCCAACUGGACAUGGUGCGACAGCCGACGUUAAUGGUCCGAAAACAGCACCGACUAACAAAUGCACAAAUCAGCUACAAGAGCACGACAAAGGAACAACCAACACCAAUAUCGUGACGUCAAGACUUCCACACGGUGAGCAGGUCCGUGAUCCAUCACCAUCUAUAGCGAGAGUGGUCAAUGCAACGCUACAAGACAUGGGUUCAACAAGCAAUAGAGAUUUUUCGUGUGUCAUCGCCGUAAACUGCAGGAAAGAAACAGCACAUACAAUUGGCGUAGACUUUACGUGAACACGGCCGCCCGAUAGACCCUCAUCGAGUGCUCUGAUGUCACAGUAAAUUGUACUGAUUUCACGGCAGUUGCUCCAUCUGGUCAUAAAAAAGAUGGGAAACGUACUAUGCAAGGACCCCAAGACAAACAGCUCACCACGAGCUGGCAAAAUGUUUGACUAUUUCGGCAGUUCUGUCUGCCCCAAUGGCUUGGGCAAAACCAGCCCCGGAAUCAACAAAACCUAUCUCGGCCGUCACGUCUUGGAAACUACCUCGAAACCGGGUGCUCUUGAUAACUGGCACAAUUCUACCCUGAUUGUACCAGACGGUGCUAACGGCAAUGUCAUUGACAGACCACCCGUGGCACCCCCGCGUAAGAAGAGAGCCACACUGGAACGGGGAACCAAUCCAAGUCAGCUGAAGGUUAAAAACGGUUUCAAAGAUGUUUUUGGACCCGACAGUCGCCGUCCAUCCCACGAAGUUCAGAUGACGAAGUCAGUAUCAAGUGACAUUGCGCGUGAUACCGUCGAUGAAGGACUGCAGGGAAAAUCCCAAUCGUGCUACGAAAUCGACGCGAAAAUUGACGCUUUCAGUGAUUUUUCUAUAAUCCCCACCAAAACCGAACUGGAAAAACCACAGGUGGAGGUGAGACCAGAAAAUAACCUGCUAGAAAAGGCAACCAAAAUAGGAAACCGGAAAUCUGACCGUUUACUCGGUGAGAACCUGUCGGAUUCCUUAUCCUUCGAACCGGUAGCGACGGAAAGACGCAGAAAUUCUAAAAAAGGAAUGGACGAUUUAGAUAAAAUUGAUCGGUUUGUCGAAACAAACGUUUUCAAUGUAAAGUCUAAAGCAACAGAGCGUACCAACAGUUUUGGAAAAGACAAAACUCAAAAGAUGGGAUUGAACCAGGCGAUUUCUCCUGUUCAUGCGAAAAUUUUGGAUACCAAAGAAUCCAAGCAAGACCAGGAGAGAGAAAGAAAAUUAAUCAAAUACAUCGAUGAUACCGUAGGAAAAGAAACGAAUCUGGGUAAAAAGGCGGAAUUUUUAAUGGCGAUGCUCGAAGAUUACCCGGAGGACUGCUAUCUAGGAAUGGUCCCGGUAGAGGAGCCGAUAAUUGUGCCUAGAAAACGUAAAAGUCGCCACAUUUGCGAUGAAACCGACCACAUGCACGAUCUGCUACACAAACACGAAAAGGAAAAUCAGCCAUCGAAAACGGUGAUCACAACAGAAGCAUCAAUUGAAACUCCUCCACGCAAACCAAAUCGCGACUUUGGAAAGUACCUAGGUGUCUUGAACGGUUACAGCGAUUCCGACGAAUCCAGUUCGACAAGACAGGUUCGUAAACAACGACUACCGACUCGUAAAUCUUUGCCGUUGCCUCCACCACCACGUAAACUACCAAAGAGUUUAUCGGAAACCCAGCUUCGCGUGAGGUUAGGGAAUUCAGCACCUUUAAAACAGACCGAUGACUCAGAGAGCAUAAAAGCCCACAGCCCUCGAACCUUAAAACGUAUCAUAUCCAUGCCAGGAACCACCAAUCUCGGAAAGCCGGAAUCACGCAGUCCAACUCCUCGGCCAGUAUUGAUGAAAAGUAAUAGCUCCAGUUCAUUCCUGAUGAAGGACCUACAGAAGGCUCAUCUAUCGAUAGGACAAUUUAUUCCCGAGGACCAUCGCUUUAACGGAGCAGACGAGCUUGUUAAGCCUAAAUCACGGCUGAAGAUACGAAAGAUAUCCAUAAAAUCAAACGAAAGUAAUUCUUGUACCGGCACUCCAACUCAGGAAACAAUCCCGCCCAAGUUUACGAUUGGUAAUCGAGAGGUCGUGCGGUCAUCAACAUUGCCAAAUAAAAUAGAUCCACCGGAAGUACCCAAACGGAACCCGCCCUUAUCGGAGGGUACGAAUCAACAUCCCUUGCUGAAAACAGUCCUACGCAAGCAGCCACUUCCGAGGGAAAUACUCGGAUAUGACUUGGGAACUUUUAUGGUAUCCUCUCAAACGCUUCAUCAUCAUGAUAUCACGAAUAUAAUUGAAAUGGUAUACAGUGCUUGUGCGAGCGAAGAGAAUAUCAUCAAAGAGUUCCAGCAGUACCUGGAAGACCACAUUAAUGAGGAGAUCAAUAAUCCUAACUCAAAGUAUCCCCAGAGCGCGAAACUACUGGAGCUUUUGAAUCGAAAAGAAAGUGUCAAGAAACCAGACGAGGUGGAAGAUAAAUUAGAAUACGUAAAGAUUGAUCUAGUCGUAUCGGAUGAUUCCAACAAAUCGUCGGAUAUUGACGAUUGUUUCGAUCCCGAGUUUGAGAAGAUUGAAAAAACGGAAUUAAAUGAUCAGUUGGCGGACAUAGUUCCGGUUAAUCCGUUGCGAUCGGACAGCAAAGGCAGUGUUGACGACAUAAGUGAUUGGUUUGAGAGUGGAUCCGAAAUUGGAUCCGGAAUUGAAGGUUCUGACAAACUGGGCUCGAUGGUUAGUGUGAAGGCGCACGGACCACGUAUGGGUAGACGUGAAAGUAUUGAAGACGUGGACGAUUGGUUCAAGAAUCAUAUCGAACUGUGGCCUGCGAAAGAAACGCUGAUGGGUGUUCGCAAGCAGCGUCGAGGAUCAGACGGAUUAGUUAUAUACGACACCAGCAGGCAGUAUCCAUUCGGAUCGGCAAAGCAACGGCGAGAUUCACUCUCUGCGGAAAUGUUUGAAGAUAUCACCAAGAUGCAUGAGAUCGGUGUUGAUAAGGAGAAACAGAGCACCGCUCCAGUGACGUUGGUAAAAACUGAACGUCGUGGUUCGGAAGGCACCGUUUCCUACGAUACCAGCUGCAAGUAUCCGUUCGGGGAACCAAACACGGAUUUUCUGAAAGCGUUGGAGAACACGGAGGACAAUAAGAUAAAUCUAACUAACAACGAAUCGAAUCUAUCAACGAAUACCGAUAGCAACGAAGAAGAGAACAAUAACAUAAAGGUCUCGAAUACGACAAAAGGCGGUACAGAUCAUUCCACACUGUUGAAAUUUUUGUCCAAUGAAAAGUUACCUAAUUGAACAUUUAUUUUAUGAUAUUUUAAACGUCAGUAUUAUCGCGUGUUAAUUUUGCUUUAACACAGAUUGUAAGACGGGGGUUUUCCCUGGCAUAUUCUAACCUAAAGUGUAAGGCUAGAUGAGUCACGUGUGAACUGUUUGGUUCAAGUGAUUGAAGUUUGUUAACUAAGAGAUAAUGAAUAAAAAUUAAAGAUUCAGGAAAAGUAAAUAGCUAUAACGUCAUGUUGAUGUAGAUAAAAAUCAAAUAUACCUUCCUUUGAAA